ACAAAGAGAGAGAGGGAAACAAAAUAGAAAGAAAGAAGCUAAGAACUAAUAAGCAAUUAAUGGGGAGCUUAAGGUUGAGCACAGUCGCUAUUGCAGUAGUCGUUUGUCUCUCCAUUCUCCUCAUAUCUCCUACAGAAGUAGAUGGGAGGCAAGUGUGUGACUACGAUAAAGGUGAAUGUAAUAGUUAUGAGAAGAGCUCUACUUGUAUUGAACCAUGCAAGCAAUUGGACAGCAAGUUUAUUGGAGGCCGAUGCAUACCUGUUGGUGGUAUUACUGGUAUGGGGUUAUGUGUUUGCUGCCGUGAUGUACAGCGUGGUGCUGAAAAGGAAAGCAUGUGAUUUGCAAAUGAUACAAAACGACGUCACUUUG